CACACGCAUCACUCCCGAGCGCGAGGUGCCAAACUGCGGCUCUGAUACAACUCUGUGGAAGAGGAGAAGCGGAGAAACUUGGCACUUUCCAAAAUAAAAAAACAAGGGGGUAUCUUAUGGUUUAGACACCUCCCCUUUAUCAUUUUAUCCUUUUUCUUCUUCUUUCUGGGGAUUUCUAUUUUAUCUGUGUUUUUUUUCCUGCACUUUUUUUUACUUUGACUUUAGUGGGGGGAUUUACUCCACGCGUUUUUUCAUCCUCCCCGGACAUGUCUUUCCCUCAACUGGGGUACCCCCAGUUCCUCAGCGCCUCCCAUGAGGUGUACGGUAGCGAGCGACCGGCCUCAGCCCGGGAGGGAGGCACCGAGGGCGGUGUGAGCUCAUCCGCAACCGCCGCAGCUGUCGGCUCGAUGUUGGGGAUGUACGGAAGCCCGUGGGCGGCUCAUAAUUACAGUGCCUUCCUGCCGUACAGCGGAGCCGCAGACCUGGCACUCAUAUCUCAGAUGGGUUCCCAGUAUGAACUGAAAGACGGCCCGGGGUCACAUCCAGCUUCUCUGCCUGUUCACGCCGCUCAGGGGUUCUAUCCGUACGGCCAGUACCCGUAUGGGGACCCGACGAGGGCUAAAACGGCCACCAGGGAGACCACCAGCACCUUGAAGGCCUGGCUGCAGGAACACCAGAAGAACCCAUACCCCACCAAAGGAGAGAAGAUCAUGCUCGCGAUCAUCACGAGGAUGACACUCACACAGGUAUCCACGUGGUUCGCCAACGCCCGUAGACGCCUUAAAAAGGAGAACAAGGUAACUUGGGGCCGCAGCGCCGAGGACCGAGACGGCCGCAUCUUCAGUAGCGACAACGAGGAUGAGCCCGGCAAGAACGGCAGCGACGAAGAUGAUGAUGAGGAGAUUGAUUUGGAAACUGUCGAUAUCGAAAGACCCGAGGAGCAGCGAGACGGAGAGCAGGGCUUGCUGAAAGCGGAGGGAGAGGCGGGCCUGUCCGCCAGAGAGCAGGCCUCGGAGUCCAAGAGCUCGGAGAGCAGCAGGACGCUUUCUGUGGAGGCGGGUGUUUCUCUCUCGCCUGGUGGCAAACUCGCAGCGGAUCGUUCACCCAGCAGACAGGAGUGUCAGAGACCCCCGCAGAACAAACCAAAAAUCUGGUCCCUGGCUGAGACCGCAACGGCUCCCGACAAUUCUCACAAAUCGUCCCCAACGGCCUACGCGCACCACGCGGCUUUGGCCUCCACCGGCCACCCGGCCUUACUCCCGGGUCAUGGAAUAUACACAUGCCAGAUUGGCAAGCUACACAACUGGGCCAACGCAGCUUUGCUAAAUGCCAACUCAAUUUUGAACAUGAGGUCGCUCCUCGGUGGUGCGCCGGCUGGACACCUGCCUCUCCACGGCGCGGUGCCGGCUGCGCGUCAUGACGCACGACUACAGGCUGCUGGCACAGGAGCUUCGGGAACGGAGGACGACAGCGAUGUGGAGUCGACUGGAAGCUUCAGUCCAAAAAGAGAGGAUGAGGAGAGCGACCACAGGCCUGAAUCCCUCAAGUCCCCAUUUCAGCUGAUCACCGACAGACCUCACCAUGGGACAUCACAGCGAGUUCUCACAACAACAUUAUGAGAAGAUGGAUUGGAAUAAUUUUAUUUAAUGGAGAAGAAUAAAUGAAGGCUAUUUUUCUGAAUGGGCGACCUGUCAUAGUAUUACUGUUUAGCUACAUGCAAAAGAGAUAGUUGUUUUUGUCACAGAUUUGCUUCUGUCCUCAUGUACCUUCUUUUAUGUUUUUGUUUUUCCUCUGCUUCUGUUGUGAAUGGAAACCUUGAAUGUUGUAAAUACAGGAUAUGAAUUUGUCUUUAAAGAAUAUAUUUUUUGGGAAGAAAAUAAAUGUUAUUAUAGUCA